AUGGAGCGAAGUGCAGCAGAAAAAAUAGAGCAUGCUAUCGGCGAUUGUGUUGCUUCCAAGAAUUGGAAAAAAGUGAUAGACCUAGGUCAGGCACUACCGAUUGAUAAACGCGUGAAAUUCCUCUGGGUAUGGCCCCGUCAACAGGACCUCCAUAGGAUACGCAUCGGGUUAAACGAUUUGAAUAUCAGUCGCGUGAUAAGCAUUGGCUGCGGAACAGGAUUGUUGGAAUGGUUGAUCACUAGAGCAACAGGUGUAGCCGUAGCAGGCGUUGAAAAGGAUGAAAACUGGUGGCGAUCAAAGUAUGCGACGAAAACUUACAUACCAAUGAUGUUUGCGGAAGGUCUGUCGAAUGUGAUAGAUGGUCAAGGGCAACUACGAUGGCAUGCUAUGAUGUUCUGCUAUUUCAACGACGGUGGCGCAUUUCGUGAAUACGUGCAAGAAUUUGGUGGCAGUUUUGUAAUAAUAAUCGGACCUGCAGAGGGUAGGGGAGUUCAUACGGAUCCGCUUCCUUUUCAACCUAAUUUCCCCGCCGAACAGAACUGGGAAAGGGUGCAGUCAUUCAAGGUUGGUAGUGAAAACUUGAACCAUUUGGUGAUUUAUCAACGGCAGUAGAAUAAAACAAUAUUAGAGGACAUUUUCA